AUGAUAACACUCACUUAUCAAUUUUACUUAUUGAUCCAGAGCCCAUCCUAUCAACAAUGUUCAACCGCUCCAUUUCUCCGUACACUCUCAUUUCGUAGAUUUUCUAGCUGCAGUCAGUGGUGGAUGUGUUUCCGAUCAUCGAAAAAGGCAAAUAAGAAAAUGGAAAAGGAAAUUAAGAAAAGCGCGGAAGAGCCAAAGCCUGCACGUGCGCGUUCACCACCACGAUCAGCUGAUCAACGGAAGGAUUUAAGUAGAAAAAACGAACAAUUACCACCAUUUCAAUCACCACCCCCACUCGUGUCAGAUCCAAAUUACGCAAGGAUAUCAGAAGUUAAACGAAAGUCAGGAAAGAAGCAUGGCAAGAAAGACGGCGAGGAUUCAGAUAACACGCUUACGGAUCUUCCUCACGAAAUGCCAGAAAUGGAACUGGAACGGUUCGACUUACGCCAACAACUCAUUCUUGACCACCAAUUACUGUAA